AUGGGCAAAAACAAGAACAAGGCCACCAACAAGCAGCAACAACAACCAAACAAGUUGCAAACAUCAUCAUCCGAAGAAGAAACCAACAACAAGGAUAAAAUGGUUGAUGAUGAUGAAAAUACCACUACGACUACCACUACUACUGCAACCACUAAAACAACAGCCAAUAAUAAUAACAAGAAGGGAAGUAAACGUAAACAACAAACAGAGGAUGACACGACCACUGCUACCACGACUGAUUCAACCACUACCGAUGAAGCUUCUCUGGAAUCCCUCUCUAAAAAACCAAAGAAGGAAAUUAAUGAUACCGAAGAAUAUAUCAAUGCCACUCAAGACCCAUCCUUCCUCACCAAAAUCUCUUCCAAUUCUUCCAAAGUCUUCAAGAAUACACUGUUGGUAUCCAAUUUGGCACUUUCUGUUGAUGAAAUUAUUCUCAAUGGAUGCAUGAAUGAAAUUGCCGAUGACACUGGAACCCCUGGACAAAAAGUGAAACGAAUUCUAAUUUUCCAAAAGAAUAUUUCUGGCAAAGAUUCUGAAAUGUUAGCCAAUCAUGCGUUGAGGAAUGCUCAGAGAAAUAACAAGCAACAACAACAUCAACAACCAUCUGUGAGUACUACCUUGUCAGGCCCAAAAUCUGCCAUUGUUGUUUUUGAAAAGGACAUUGAGAAUCCUCAUGUCUUUGAGGAUUAUAAAGGAGCUAUAAUUGAAGGUCUUCCCAUUAAUAUUCGUUAUGCGUGUGAGAAUGACAAGGCUUGUUUAAUGGUUGUGAAAGGUUCUCCAAUCACUGAGGAAGAGUUGUGGUCCUAUGUGGAGGAAUGUGGAAGUCUUGUUUCGAUAGAAAGUUCAAAGAGUAAUAAGAAUCAAUUCUUGAUUCAUUUCAAGGAUUGGGAAAGUGUUCGUGAAUGCCUUUUAUACAAUGGAGCUGAUGUUCAUGGAGCUCCAUGCAGAAUAUUUGCUUGCAUGUUCCCUGCACCAUCCAAUACACAAUCAAGAGGUGGUGGAAAUAAGGGAUAUCAAAAGAGAGGUCAAAAGAAGUAA